AAGGCAAUGCUUAAGCAUGGUGAAGCUGCACCUCCACUUACCCAAGGUGAAAGUAGAGAAAGCUGGAAAAGGAUUUAUCGUAAAGGUGAUUUGCGAGAAGGGAGAAGAUAAGCUAGUCUCAAUAUUAGAAGUAUUUGAAGAAAUGGGUCUAACAGUCUUGCAUGCAAAGGUGUCAUGUAAUUUGUAUUUUGUCAUGGAAGCCAUUGUUGUAGCUGAAGAACAGACUGUUUUAGAUGUGAAAAAUGCUACUCAAGCUGUUCUUGAGGCUAUUGAAAAGCAUGUAGAGGGAACAGACACAAGCAGUGUAAAGGUUGCUGUCGUUUAAUUAAUGACUCCAAGUAAUGUUAUUGUUGUCUUGAAGAA